GUGCUGCCACCCAAAUCAAAAGUCUUCUUCCUCUUCUUCAUAAAAAAACCAUGUCCGACAUGAACCCUAAUUUCCUAGGUCCAAACAUGAUGUCCACCCCUCCAUCAUAUUAUACAAACCCUAAUAGUAAUAAUCUCCAUUUUUCCCCUGAAAUGCUCCAAGAUUAUGACUAUGAUUAUGCCCAAGAUUUCGACCUUUCCUACGUUAACACCCUCCUCAAUGAUGAUCAUCAUCAUCACUACUCCAAUGUUGUUAGUAACAACCCCUUUGCUUCUUCUUCUUCAUCUCUUUUCUCACAGCCACUACCUCCCCCCACCAUUGUGCAAGACCAGAGUAGCACUACUUCUGCAAGUUCUGGCAGCUCUGGCUUUGAUGGAAUGCUGCCCACAGCUAAUUAUCCCAUGCAAGAAGUGAAGUCCAUGAGGCAGAUGGUGAAUAGAGCAAAGGCCAAGGAGAGGCAUUCAGUUGCUUUUAGGACAAAGACUGAGCUUGAGAUAUUGGAUGAUGGAUACAAGUGGAGGAAGUAUGGGAAGAAAAAAGUUAAAAGUAACUCCAAUCCAAGGAAUUACUACAAGUGCUCGCAUGAAGGGUGCAUAGUGAAGAAGAGGGUGGAAAGAGAUCGAGAGGAUUCAAAGUUUUUGAUAACAGAAUACGAAGGAAUACACAACCACGAGAGUCCAUAUGUUAUAUAUUACUACUAAGAUAUAAUGGCAACCAUGAUUGUGAAUAAGUUCGGUUUCUUCUUCAAACACAAUCUCAUCAAUAUUCCAAAGAAAGCAGUUUGCAGUUGAAGCUGAUUUCCAUGACAAGUAGCUACCCUCUCUGCUUUUUUGUGAUUACAUGGUUUUGUGUAAGAAGAAUGGGAUGGAAAUAACCGCCAUAUUUCAGUAUCUUUUUAGCAGUUUUUUUUAACCUUUAAUAUUUUGGUGUCUCUUUACUCUACACUUUUCGUCUUGACUUGACGACCUGCCAUUGAUCACACAAGACAAACUAACUUUUUUUUUUCUUUUGUUUAAUCAACAAGAGAUGUAUCACCAGAAAUAAAACACAUCUCCCACCUCUUAAUUAUCAUCUUUCUUUUUCAUUUUUACUCGAGGAUGAGGCAGAGCUUUCUUUUUUCUUUUCUAUUUGUGUGUAUGUGCAUGGCCUGAUGACCAGAAUAGUAUGUAAUUAGUAAAUUAGGUUUUGUAACUUGUGCUAAAUUUUACCUGAAAA